CACUUGUUUAAUACAACAUAUGCCAUGAUGAUGACUUGGCAAACUAGUCACCACUAGUGAUCUACAUGCUUGUGAACACUGAAGUUUUGCAAAUAUCUGCCAGCAUAAUAUUUAGCCAGUCUAUGUUCACUGAAAUUUAUAUGUAUGGAGAAAACAGGGCACAUGCAUUUCAAAGUUCACAAAUAUAAAUAGUUCCAAUACACAAAACUCCCGCCCCCCAACAACUCACAUAAUUUUUCUAAAUGACGUAUUCAUGUAUAUAAUGAUAAACUAAUUGUGCAUAAAUUUACAUUUGAAAUUAAAUGUACCGUACUACAAAGAAAUAAUAGUCGAAGAAAGGAAAAAUUUAUAAGAAUCGGGAUGGCUUAAUUAUAUUUAUAUAUUUCUUUUCCCACAACCUCAAAGAUUCAUCUUCAAAGUCCAUAAGAAUGUGCCGGUGUCAGUGAAUCAAGUCCCCUAAACAGAGUGAAAUGAAUAGAUUGCAAGUAGAGUAGUCUUCCUCGUACAGUUUUUCGUUUAAGAUUUCAUGCACCAGGGGGCACUACUAGUUUCCUGUUUAUUUUUCCUUUACUAGGUGAGAAAUUUUAAAACUUUUGGCACGAAACAACCAAUUACAUUAAAAAUAUUCAUUAUGUUAUGUUUAUGACGUUACUGCUCAACGGUUUACGCAACUAUACCUCGACGUUUGACAAGGAAACCUUCACAUGAAUACGUAGACGUUGCUUUAAGAACAUAAAUGUCGGCGCACACAAAUCAUAGUGGUGUUUUGACGCCUGGUGUAAGCCUCGUGAAUCCUGGAGCCAGUCUGUUUGAUGUUGAGCAAGUGAAACCUGGUAAGGUUGAAGAGGAGGAGGAGGCUGAGCAUGAACAGCUGGGCAAGGAACGAGAGCUGCAGGAACUUCUCGCAAAUGCUUUUGAUGACCUGAUUGAAGAGGAGGACGAAGAGGUAGCAAGUGCCUCUGCAGUUGGAUUAAGCCGUAUCAGUCAGCAAGAUGUGAAUCGCAGGUGGGAAGAGGAAUUUGAUCGGCCGAGCCAUACAGAAGAAAGAAACCUAAUUCAGUCACCGUCGGAACAAUAUAUAAGUGAACAUGGCAGCUACUAUGACAGCCACGAUGAGAGGAACGGCGGCGUGAGUGCCGACUUUCAGUCUCACACCGGUUCCGAUCGCACCGACAUCUCACGCUCUCCGGACGACCUGUUCCGCGUUACCACCGAGCAGAGCUCGCCUCAGCCGUCUAUCUCAUAUGCUAGUGCGGAAGACGUGCCGCAGGCGGACCAGCCGUACGUCUAUCAGAAAACCGAGGAACACUCACCUUAUUCUCGUACUGGAGACCACCAGUGGAGUAAGCCAGAAUCUCAGGAGGGAGUUGGCCAUGCGGACACAGGCCAGCACAUACACAGCGAACAGUACAGGGUUACGUAUCAGCGCUUGCCAGCGUACGCAGACGAACACGCGCACCGCGUUGAACCUGUGCAGCAGCAGUUUUUGGAUGCAGGUGGCGGUGGCGAUGGGAGCGAAGUUGCACAGCUGAGAAUUCUGUAUGGCGCUCGUGGCAGACGCAUCGAUGAGCUGACGAGACAGUAUGAGAGUCUGCAGGAGGAGUCCGCGCGAGAAGUCCGCCUGCUGAGACACAAGCUCACGAUGGCCGAAGAUGAGCGAGAGGGAAUGGCAGAGAGUUUGCGAAACACCCAGCAGCUGCUGCAGGGGGCAGGAGAUGAGUCUAACAAGCAGCAUGGACACAUUGCUGCUCUGGAAUCAGAACUGCAGAACUUUCAAUCUCUUAAACAGGAGCUGCUGGAAAAACUACAGAUCACAGAGAACACCGUCGACAGUCUGGAACUACAGCUGGAGGAACUGAGUCAGUCGGAGAGCGUGGCGCGCGCGCGGCAGCAGCACGACCAGCUGAUGGACACCGUCACACGGCGACACGAGCGUGACAUGCUAGACGUCCGCGAGAAACUAGACCUGCUCUACCAACAGCUGCAGCUGAGGGAUGAAGAGACUGACAGACUUAAAGGGCAGUUGGGUGAGACGAGCAAGGCUUUGGAUCAGGCACAGCUAGAUAAGGCUGAGACCAUCAAUCGUCUGCAUCGGAGCUUGGAGGAGAGUCAGAGACAGUACAAGGAACUGCUGGACAACAGUGAUGUGCAUGAGGUGACUAGAGUGAAGCAGCAGUUGCAGCAAACACUCAGUGCUAAGGAUGUUGCCGAGGAGGCUCUAUCUGCCGUGCAGGCAGAAGUGCAGGAACUAAAAUCACAGGUAAAUGUAUACGAGUCGGCCGCAAAGUUGGGUGUGUAUCCCAAGGGCAGGAACAUGCCGGACAGUGUGAAGAAAACACUGGACUACACCACACCACAUGCUGCUAGAGAGGGAAACGGCAGCAGGACCGAUACCUCUGACGGUCAGUUGGUGAGUGAGUUGCGGCAGCAGCUGGAGCGAUCGAUCACGGUCAGUGGUGGCAAUCGAACCCAGCUGUCACAGCUACGCCACGAGCUGAGGGCGUGCAAGCAGCAACUUCAGGAAGCCCUCACCAACGCGAAGGCCUCCGAUAGCAAAAUAAGCGAAGCCAAGGAUGAGAAUAAAACACUUCGAGAUGAGUUGGAUGACAUGAGACUUGACCGAGGCACCAAGGCAGAGAGAGCGCUGAGAAAAGAAGUGGCCCAGUUGAAGGAACAUGGAGAAGAGCUUGUUGAUAAAUUAAAAGCAGCGCAGGCGAGAGUGGAAGAGCUGUGUGACACUGAGGACAAGAUGAAAGCUGUCAACGCUGACGUCAACCGACAGCUGUCCUACUUGAUCGACGAGCGUGACAUAGACGUGAACGCGGCCGUCGACAGGGCAAGAAAAGCACUUCAACUAGUUCAUGAUGAAACCAAAAGGAAACUGGAAGAGGAACUGACAAGUCGGUUCAGCACAGAGAUACAGCAGCUCAUCAAGGAUCGUGACCAACAAAUAGAGGCCUUGAGCUCGGAUCUCAAGUCGCUAGAAGCGAACGUAACGGAUGUGAAGAAGUGCUAUGUGGAAGUGUGCGAGGAGAAAGAGAAGCUCCAACGGCAUUUUGACCAACUCACGCAGAAACAUCGUAGCAUAGAUGUGACCAAAGAUGAAGACGUGACCAAAGAUGGAACGAUGACCAAAGAAGACGAACAAAGAACCGGUGAUAGCGAAACUGAGAAAGAAACCACGAGCAAGUCAGACACGACUCCAGAGGGCACCACCAGCAAGCAGAUGCAGGAACAGUACACCAAUCAAAUAAAAGCUUUGCAAGACGAGUUGGACAGCACGCAUGACAAGUGCACAGAGUUUCAGCUGGAUCUGGACAAGCAGACAAAGCUGUGGCAGGAAGAACGCGAAGCUCUACUAGACACGAAGUGUAAGGAGAAGCAGACGGAAAUCUGUACGCUGAAGGAGGCAUGGCGGGCCGAACGGUCAACGCUGUUACAGCAGGUCGAAGAAAAAGAGCAGAAAAUGCAAGAACAGCUUCUGCAAGUGAAAGAUCUCGGCGAAAGUAGUGCAGAAUUGCAGCAGACCUGCCAGCGAUUACAGGAAAAGCUGACAAAGAGCAAUGCAGAGUGGGAGGAGCGACGAAGUAGAGAAGAGCAGGAACAGCGGCAGACGCAUGAAAAGGAGCAGGCACAAGAGAAGCUAAAACUGCAGGCUGAGUUUGAGCAGCAGAAGCAAGCGCUAAGAGAGGAACUGGAAGAGGAGAUCACGACACUGCAAAAGAAUUCGACCCAGGCAACUGCCGAUAUGCUGCUCGAAAGGGAGGAUCCAGCCGUGAGUAAGAAAAUGCUGCGGGAGGUAGAGAGAAGACUGAGCCUUCAAUAUAAGGCCAUUCUGAAGGAGGCGAUCCAGAAACGUGACUCUGCUUUAGAAAACACAAAAUCGGCACUGAUCCUAGAAUGGCAGGAGGAGAAGCGCAGCCUAAGGCAGCAGCACGAGCAAGACUUGGAGAAGACAAGGGCGUGCUACCAGAGUCUCAUCGAGCGUCUAGCGGUGAAAGAUGGCCGAACCAUUGCCACGCAGACGGACGUGGAAAAUGUUACGUCUGCUGCUGUGGCAGAGCUUCACAAACUCUACAUGGAAACCUUGAUCAAAAUGAAAGGUGACUUUGUCAGAUAUUUCGGGGCAGCGAAAGACAGAGCGGUGCAGGCUUUACUAGCCGAGCGAUACAGCACAGCGACCCUGCUGAAGACCUACUACCAACGCUCCGUGUCGACCGAUUCGGAAACUAAAUCGGCGGACGCUCGUCCGACUAGUCGUAAGCUGACGUUCGAUCGAUGCAUCGGUAAAAAGCGCGGCCACGCGUCGACGCUCCCCCCGCCGGCGACACGCAACGAGGAAAUCUGGAAGCUGCGCUCGGACGAGACGAAUCAAACAAAGGCUUCGACGAAGCGGGCGACGUCGCGUCACGGUAGGCGGCAGAGUUCACCAGAGGGCGCAGCUGACGGCGCGGUCGGGAAAGCCUGCAGCGACGGCUCGCGACACAGCGUUGUGCGAGGACAGAUGCUAACGCCACCUGUCCAGGACACUCUCGCCUGCUGCGCGGACGGAAUCAAGAUGCUUCCCGUGAACAUAAACAAACUUCGGAGCGCCUCCGCUGAACAUCUGACGAAUUCGCAAAAUCUUCCCGACAGGCCGCCGACGGAGAAACAGAACGGAUCUCGUAAAAACUCGGGCGGCAAUGGUGCAUCCGCUCAGACCGUGGCGUCACCGAGUGGUAGAAAAUACAAUUCGCAGAGCUCUCUAGAGGUUGUGUCCACCCAGCCUGGUUCAACCUCACAGAAAGAUGGCAGUAAGCCCCACAUGACUCGCCCAGCUAGCGAAGACUACGGUUUAUAUGCGCACAUUCCGAGGCCAAAGUUCGUCUCGAUAGCACAGAGUGAUGCAGCUAUGCGAUGCUCCCCAAGUAAGAAUCUCUUGGUAAGCAAUUCAGAAGCAGAAUGUGUCAGCGGUCGAUCUGUGCAGUUGAAAGCCCUCGAUUUAUCUAACAAAUAGCCAUCCUUCCAUGAGGCUCUGCUUACAGGGGUACUGAAUUUUUCUCAUUCGGCCAUCUCCAGUUAAAAUGCGUGCAUUGUCAAACACAUGCGAGUAGUUUUUGUUAUUUGUUGAAUUUCCAGUUGUUGUUUUUUCAACUUUAAAAACAGCCGUCACAUUUCGUAAUAAUGUUCGUUUUCCAUUAAUUGGUUGCACAAGAAUUGUAUGGUGGGAAGUCAGGUCAGGUCAACAAUGUCUUCUUGGCGGUCACGCUCCAAAACGUUUGCGCAACUGUUUUCAUAAUUGUUGUUCGAAAGGUAUUUACUGCGCAUUGUGUUAUAGUCACGGAUUGUGUAGUUAGAGCGGCCCUAAUUCCCUUUUCACCUAUAUAUAGAGUGUUUUCGAGAACACAAUUGAAUACUCAUAUGCCCAUGAUAUGUUUCAGUUUAUAUAAUCAUUUGUAGAUAUUUGUAUUACCCACAUUGAAGUUUUUAGUAUAUAAUGAUACAAUGAUUGUGUCAGUAUUUAUAAUGCAAUGUGUUUCAUUUUUUAUUCAUUAUGUAUUUAUAUGUAUAUUAUACGGUUAAGUAAUUCAUAGUAUAAUACGAAGAAAUUAUUCUGAUG